GGGCGGUCCCUCGGAGGCUACUCCUUGUCAUCCACAAAGUCCUCAAGCUCCUGAAGCACUCGAAGGCGGCCACUGGCGUCUAUGCGACGCUUCUCGCGGAUGAGGUCCUCCAGGCUGUGGAACCGAGCCGUAUGGACUUUGUUCUCCUCUAGAUGCACCUUGAGAUAAUACUGCUGUUGCGGAGGCUGCGUUCCUGCGGGAACCUCCCCUCCAGCCUUGAACUCGCGCUUUCCAAAGCGGCACCAGGCAGCGAAGCUCUCGGAGUUCGUCCAGCAGAUCUCCUCGCUCUUGAGGCCCAGGUGGCCACAGGCGUUCUGCACCACCAACUCGGCCACCAGCGGGCGGUAGCGGUACCAGCUAUUCACCACCCGGCCCACGUUGGCCGCGCCCGCCUGGUACAGGCUGUCCUGGCGGAUCUCGCCUUGGUGCAGGUGGAUGAUCUGCCCGCCGCCCACGUAGACGGCCCAGUGAGGGGCUGGCGCGGGCUGCUCGGUCGCCGGCUGUAGCCACAAGAGCUCUAGCAGAUCGCCCGGCUCGCAGAUCGCGGGCAGCGCAGUGACCGCGUAUACACUCAAGUCGGCGCCCUGAGGGCCGCCGGUCACUUUGGAAAAGAUGCAUUCCUGGCCUCGGAAGGCGGAGAACUGAGUCUCGUUGAGGACGAGCUGGUGCAGCAGGUGGUGAUGGUGGCGGCUGGGGCUCUCUGGGCAAGGGCUACAACCUGGAGGGCCCUUCACACCAAACUUGUCCGGCUGCCCGCGUUCGUCCAGGUCCUCCUCCUCAUCCGAGAAGAAGUAGGCAACCCCGACUCGCAGCUCGUCCUUCUCAAUCCCAGAUGGGUCCCCAGUGGGCAACUCGCUGUAGUUGAGGUGGGUGAUGCGAUCCAGUUGGUUGCCCAUCAAUGACGCGGCGAGGCCAGGGCCAGGAACUGAGAUCUGCCGAGGGAGAGAGGAUAGACACCAUCAGAGUCCGGAAUGACCCUCCUGGUGUCCCCUGCCCAAGGAGUUCAGUUCCCCAAGUGCCUGCAGCUUGUCUAAUCACCGGCACUGAAGUCGCCUGCAACAGCCAACUUUGCAGAUACUCCCUGGGGGAAAAAAGGGAGGGGGGGGGGACAGAAGAAAGCACCAGUCUCAGGGGCCAGAGCAGACACUAUACCAGCUCAGCCAGCCUCUGACUCUGCCCAGGAACCCUGCCCCGUAACUUCCACAGGAGAAACCGCAGGCGGGCUAGAGAGCAUGUAAGGUUCAAGUGGGCGAAGAGAGCGCAGGUUGUGGCAGGGUAGGAGAUGGUUACCCAGAAGGAAGAGAAGAGUGUCAAGAGAAGCCCCAAGGACCGAAGCUAGAGCAAGCUGAGCUCAUUGUGGUCGCCAUCCUCUGCAGCCCACCUACUCGUUUUGGACUGGGUCACACCCCAUCCCUUACAGCGCCUUGCACAAUGACAGACUGGUUUGCAGGCAUUCAAUUGACAUCAGCAACAUUUUGCACACUUGGAGUCCAGACACUGACAAGCUGGUACAUACACCCACAAUGCUAAUGUCAUACACCCACAAUGAAACAUCUUGGAGACCACACACUGGCACUAUCUACCCCCAAUUCCUACACAAUUCCGGACGUAUGCCUGCACACUUGCACGUACACUCAAGCACCGGGGCACACCUGCCCACGCAGGCAGGUACACUCUGCCCUCUCCUUGCUUGCCUUCUCAUAGAGCCAAUCGGACUGCGCCAGGGCGAGGCUGCUAAAAUAACAAAGAGACAGGGGAGGCAAGGCGAAACCCAUGUGGAGAAUCUGGCCUCCUCAUGGACUAAUGAAUGUGACACAUUGCUUAUCAUGUUGCCCUACUGGUCAGCAUCUCCCAAACAGGAGAGAUCCAAAAUGAAAGUACAAAAGAAGCCACCCCUAAAAGGAGCACCUAUGAAAACACAUGGAUCAUGUGCUACAGCAGAGUUUUCCAAAUUGUGGUUCAUGGAGCAGCAGCAGCAGCAGCAGCAGCAGCAGCAGCAGCAGCAGCAGCAGCAGCAGCAGCAGUAGUAUGUAGGAGUGGAUGUACUCAAAACAUGUAUAAUCAUCCCUAAGAUAGGACCCAUUUCUGUGACUUAGUAAUUUGAUGCCCGGUUGGAUGGCCAUAAAAAUUAAGGUUCUGUAAAUUUACAGCUGUUCAUUAUAUUCUGUGUCACAGUAAUACAACUUUUUGAUAUUUGGUUGCACUGAGAAAAGAAUACCUAUUGAUGAUAAAAUUUGAAUUUUAAAAAGAUUUAAUAAAAAAACCUUAUAAAUG